AUGCAUGUACCCAAGAAACACAUCGUUUUCGAUGUGGUCGGUACCUGUGUGUCAUUCGAUGUUUUCCUCAACGCUAUCGAAAAAAUCCUUGGCCCACGCCUGAUGCAGCACAGCGUGAAUUCCAAGGUAUUCGGUUUUGCAUGGAUGCAAGCGUCCGAGCUCGAGUCUCUGAUGCUUCACAUGUCAAAGCGGAGCGUGCCGUAUAAGGAGGUGUUCAAAGCUCUUUUCUACCGCGUCUUGUACCUGUCCGGGAUCGAAGAGCCGAGGUCGUUCGCGACCGACGAGGAGAGAGACAUAUGCCAAGACGCGUACUCGAAGCUGGAACUCCGACCAGACUGCCGAGCUAUGAUGGAAAGAUUGAGGAGCAAUGGUUUCACCAUCUGGUGCUUGACCACGGGCGACACGGAAAGAGUGGGUGGCUACUUCAAGCGGGCAGGCUUCGACAUGCCCGCUGAGAAUCUUGUCAGUUGUCACCAGUUUAUGAAGCAUGAGUCCGCACUAGAUUUCCCAUUGGCUAUGGUCAAGCCAUCGAUGGGAUCCUAUCAGCCCAUGCUACAAAAAUUCGGUUCUGAGGACCAAAAGUGGUUCGUGGCCGCGCAUAUGUGGGAUGUUAGCGCAGCUGUCAAGGCCGGAUUUCGUGGUGCUUACUGUUCAGUCUAUGAGAAGGAGUCAUGUAUCGAACUCUUUGAUACCAAGAUGGACGUCACGGCCAAUAAUUUGCUUGAACUAGCUGAUAGUGUCAUUGCUGCGGCUUCCUAA